GAGACUGACUCUUACCAUCGUCUUCCUCCAUCAUCAGGACAGCGACCAUAUAGAUAUUUUCAACUCUACGUACGUAUCAAUGGCGCCUUAUGACGACUGGAACAAGGUAGACGACGAUGAGGAUGAAGAAUUGCAAGAUACCUCCUACUUAGAAUCCAAGAAGGAUGUUAUCCUGUUUUGUAUAGACUGUUCUCCGUCAAUGCAAGCACUGUAUGAGGAUCCCAAUUACGAAGAUGUCGUGACAAGCAACCUUUAUACCGCGCUUGAAUCAGCCAUGAAAAUCCAGAAAAGGAAAAUCAUAGUCGGUCCUAAUGACUCCGUUGGGAUACUGCUAUUUAACACGACAAGAAGGAAUGAGAGCAACGGAAAUCAAGGUUCGGAAAUCAAGAAAAACACGUUUCUUUACCAGCCAAUUGCCCCUUUGAGUGCUCCCACCAUCCAAGAACUGGUUCACCUGCUUGAUGCUUCACGGGACGACCCUGACGAAUUGAGCAAAGCAUUUCCUCCUUUGGCUGACAAGAGAGUGCCAAUGGGAGACGUAUUCACCAGCUGCAACUGGGUCUUACGAGAUGGGGCACCGAAGACUGCCACGAAACGUGUUUUUCUUAUCACUGACGAAGAUGACCCACAUUCUGGGCCCGGCAGGAAACAGCUCGUCACAUCAGCAAAAACAACUCUCCUCGACCUUACACAGGCCGGUGUCACGGUAGAACCUUUUUUCAUCAAGACCGCCGAAAAGCCGUUUAAUAUAUCGAAGUUCUACGCUUCUGUCCUUCUUUCCAGCAAUCCCACCGAUGAUGACGAAGAGAACUCUACCAGGAUUCCAGAAUCCAUCUUUCCAACGCUUGUGGAAAAUCUCCUUGACCAAAUGCGUUUUCAUGAAGUACCUAAGCGGGCUCAAUUUAGUAUUCCAUUCCAACUCGCUAACGGUUUCACGAUUGGUGUGAAAGGUUACGGUCUGGUGACAGAACAAAAGAAGGGGGCGUACAAAUAUUUUGCAGAUCUCGGAGACAGGAUGGAGGUAGCUAACGUGCGAACAUCUUAUAUCGAUGAGGACCGCCAAGCUGAAGUAGACAAGACUAACGUCCUAUACGGCACGAGCGGUGGGACUGCUGGAGACGACGAUGACAACGAAGGUGAUCCCGGCGUCAGAGUCGUCCAAUCCGGUCAACGGCCCUUCUACAUGCCGGAGGAAGUACGAUCGUUCCGUACAUUGGGGCUUGAACCUAGCAUCAAGUUACUCGGUUUUAAGGAUCGAAGCGAGCUACUGUUUGAAGACAACAUUAAGCAUUCGUUGUUUGUUUAUCCUGAUGAAAUGUCCUACUCGGGAAGCAAACGAACAUUCAACGCUCUCCUGAAGUCUAUGAUAAAGAAGAAGAAGAUCGCCGUUGUCCUUGCCUUGACGAGGAGGAAUGCUUCGCCGGUCUUCUGCGCUCUUCUGCCACAGGAGGAAAAGGUCGACGAAAAUGAAUGGAUCGAACCUGCAGGGUUCCAUCUCAUCCCCUUACCGUUUGCCGAUGACAUCCGCGAGGCAACUGUCAAGGAGGGCUUUCGCGCUAACGAAGAGCUAAAAAAUGCAGCUCGUGCAUGGAUCGCCAAAUUAACAAUGAAAGGCGGAACUUAUUCUCUAGAUUCAUAUCCUAAUCCAGCAUUGGAAUAUCACAACGCGCAGCUCCAAGCUAGCGCGUUUCAUGAGCAGUACGAUCCGGAAUCCUUUGAGGACCUGACUGAACCUCCAAUUGACACGAUCCAUGAGCGUGCUGGAAAGCUGAUCCAAGAGUGGAAGGAGGCUCUGGUCAUGGACGAAUCGGCUAAUGUUGUGGCCCUCCCAAAAACAGCUGGGAUCAAGCGUAAGGCGGACGUAUCAGUCGACGAAGCCGAGAUCCGGAGCAAACACCAGUCGGAGUCACUGGCCAAGCUGCGUAUGGAUCAGCUCAAGGAUUUCUGCAGGGGUAAAGGUCUGCCUGUCUCAGGAAAGAAGGCUGACCUUGUUGAUCGCGUCGCCGAAUGGUUGAACGAGCAUUAGUUACUUGAAUAUUAUUUUUAGCGUCUGAAAAGCUGGUGAUUUGAGACUAAUAAGCUCUCCAUGAGGUUGAGGGUCAAUCUUAAUCACAUCACGGUCGUAGGGUAACUAACGAUUAUUGAGGACUGUCCAGUAACCAGCCCAAAGGGAAGCUUCUAGGGUUUCCAUACUGAUAAGUCCCUGAGUGCCUGUCCGACUCGGAGUCUCGUAAACUCGGGGUAGUGCUAAGACAGGCCUCGAGAAUAUGUAGAUCUAUU